ACAGUGUGAGGUCACAAGUGUGGGACGCCGCGCUGCCGCUGGAUGGAGGGAUGAAGGUGAAAGAAUAGAGAAUAAAAGUUUAUUGAUUAGCACAGCAGUUAUUGGUUUAAUAUCGUAGAGAAUCAAUAACAACAAGAUUCCGAACUGGUCUCUGAUCCUGAAGAGGAGAGAUCCAUGUUGAGUGUUGGGGGGUCGCUGAGGUCUGGAGUCCUGCGGAUUCCUGUUCGGGGACUCUGUUCUGCUGUCAACAGGAAGUCACCUGGACCUGGUCCCGUCUGCUCCGGACCGCCGUCUGCUGGACUCCCUGCAGCCUGGACCCGGUCAGGUUCCAGGACUUCCACAGGGGUCAGGAGGUUCUCAGGCGGAGGCGGUCCAGGAGCUCCGGGCUGGUACAGCAGACUCUCAGACUCGGCUCCGGUCCACCUGUGUGAGGACUUCCUGGUCGGGGUGCAGCAGGUGAGCGGGUUGCCAUGGUGGCUCAGCAUCGCCAUGGCGACGCUGUCGGUGAGGACGGUGGUCACGUUGCCGCUCGCCGCCUACCAGCUGAUCAUCCUCGCCAAGGUGGAGGUGCUGCAGGAGGAGAUCUCAGAGCUGGCGAAGAGGCUUCGAUAUGAAGUUUCACUGAGAGCGAGAGAGAGAGGCUGGACGGAGAAACAGAGCCGGUUCCAGUUCCAGAAGAAUCUGCGUCGUAUUGUUUCUCAGCUCUACAUCAGAGACAACUGUCACCCCUUCAAAGCCAGUCUGCUGGUCUGGGUCCAGCUGCCCCUGUGGAUCAGCCUCUCUCUGGCCCUCAGAAACCUGAGCCUGGACCAGUGUGGUAAGCUGACCCUGGAUUCAGGUUUCCUGCGUGGGGGCACUCUGUGGAUCCCUGACCUCACCGUACCGGACUCCACCUGGAUCCUGCCAGUCUGUCUGGGACUCACCAACCUGCUCAUCCUCGAGGUGUUUUCUCUACAGAGAGUCAAUCCAUCUCGUUUCCAGAGGAUCGUGACCAACGUCAUCAGAGGAUUUUCCGUCCUGAUGGUCCCCAUUGCCGCCACGGUCCCCUCUUCCAUGGCUCUGUACUGGUUUAUCUCCAGUCUGGUGGGAUUCAGUCACAACCUCCUCCUUCGUUCUCCUGCGAUCCACAAACUCCUCAAACUCCGAACUCAGAGAUCAGAUUCUCCGUACAGAGACCUGCUAUCUGCGAUCAUCACCAAAUACUGCAAGUAAAUACUCAGAGUCCUGCUCAGAGUACUGCACUCAGAUACUGGACUAGUGAGAAGAGACUGUUUCUGAUCAAUAAUAUUGAUCAGCUCCUUCAGUUACUAACGAGAGGUAGCUCGACUUUUGAUGCCCUGGGUUUUGACUGUCAGGCUACAGUCUGCCUUGUUGGUGAAGGUUGUCAGAGUGGUUAUUGAUUCAUUAAAAUGUGUAUCAGUAUAGAGUGUAUGUAUUUAUGUUUAUAGAUACUGUCUGUACAUAAAUAUAAAUCUACACACAGUUUAACGGUGUGAGUACACUCAGUGUGAAAGAUGAUGAUGAAGAACAUAAAUAAACAUCUGUUAAAAUGCAGCAGACACAGGUUGUAUUGAUCCAGUGAUUGAUUGAUCUGUUUAUUAUUAAAACAUGUUGAUAUGAGGCGUCUGUGUCCUGAUUGAAUAUCCAUCAGUUUGUGUCUGAACAUUAAUAAUAAUAAUUAUAAUAAUUAUAAUAAUCAUAAUAAUCAUAAUGUGUUACAGAUAAACUGUGUGUGUGUGUGUGUGUGUGUGUGUGUAUAUAAUACAAAAACAAUAACAGGAAGAGUCACAGUGACCUCUGACCUCUGAGUAUUUCCUGUUUGUCAGUUUCCCACCGAGCAGCCGACAAUGGUCUGUAGUAUUCUGUACUGGUCUGUACUAAAGCUGAUAGUAAUCAGUUAUUAAUCAAUACAUAUCAAUAACUGAUAUUCAAACUGUCACAGAUUAAAUGUACAAAAGCUUGUUAAUGUCAUAAAAGUGAAAAUAAAAAUGUUUUUGUCUUUAA